AUGUCAACAUUCACCUUAAGUACAACGCAAAAGAACAAACCUCUCUUACUUUCUAAAGGAGUCAGUUAUACCAUUGACAAAACAACAAAUGAUAAAACGUAUUGGAAAUGUGAAGAUGCUCGAAAGCUCAAAUGCAAAGGUCGCGUUCAUACUAAUAAUACUAACACAAUACUACUACAUGAAAAUGAUAGUCAUAAUCAUAAUGGUAGUGCCGUUUCAACUGAAAUCAGAUUAUUCGAAGAAAAAGUUCGGGAUCGCGCAAUGAACUGCAACGAAGCAACACAAACUGUUAUUGAUAAUUGCUUGGUCAAUCUAUCCGAUAAUGCUAUUGGUCGACUCCCUAGCUUUAAACAUGUUAAAAGAACUAUUCAAAAUCGACGUGGGCAAAACGGUUUGGCUAAAAUUCCUCAUGAUAAGACUUUUGAUCAAAUUCCGGAUCAGUUAUCAACAACAAAAAGAAAUACUGUAUUUCUUCGAUAUGAUUCUGGUUCAGGCAAUGAUCGAAUCAUAAUAUUCUCAUCAACUGAACAACUACAACUUCUAGAAAAUGGCGAAGAACUACUGGUCGAUGGAACCUUCAAGGCUGUAAUGAAUGCAUUUGCUGAAAAAUUUAUAACAACAACUAAUCAAUCUACAAUAUCUGGCUGCUUUUUUCAUCUUCAACAGAGUAUUCAACGUAAAGUCCAAGAAUUAGGCUUAAAAACAAAUUAUGAACAAGAUCCUGUGUUUGCUCAUCAUGUUAAUAAAAUUGCUGCUCUUGCUUUUCUUCCUUUAAAUGAUGUUGGUCAAGGUUUUGAUGAUUUUUUUAAUUCAUUGCCUCCAAUAUUACAUCCAUUAUUAAAUUAUUUUGAAGACACGUAUGUCGGCAGACAUCGUCCGCAAGGACGAUCGAAUCCUUUAUUCAAAAUCGAAUUAUGGAACAUGCACCAAAGAACAACUGAUCUUUUAAUGCGUACCAACAAUUCAGAUGAGGCAUGGCAUCGGCGUCUAAGUUCAGUUACUAAGUGUCAACAUCCCACUCUUUGGCUUUUUAUCAACAAUUUAAAAACUGAAGAGCACUACAUUUACUGCCAAUUAAUUAAGUUGAAUGCUGGAGAAAAGAUCCAGUCAAACAAAAAAUAUCUGAAGUAUAGUGUGCGAUUACGUAAUUUAAUUCAACAUCCACUUCCAUCUAUUCUACAACAAUUAGAUGGACUUCCUCAUAAUUUAUGA